AUGGUCUGGGAGAAUUGAUUAAUUAGUAGUCAUCGAUAUGCAUAGAAAAAAGUGAGGUUAUUCCUCACAUGGCAGGGCAGUGGAAAAUAACUUACCCGACGAUUACAUGAAUGGAAUAAACUUAACUCCUCGGCUUCAGCGGAACAGGUUAGAAUGGACACGAAGAAGAAAGCCGUUAGCUAACUUAGCACGGUAGUCCGUUUCAAUGAAACUUUGAGCUAACGGCGAGGCAACGUUCGACAAAGAGGGGUGAAGGUUGAGCUGUAACCAUGGAGGCUGCAUUUCACCCUUUCUUCACCACAACUGGCCAGCUGCCCUGGUUGCUUCUGACUGUGUUUACAUCGUGGACAGCCUUUUGUUCUGCAGAUAUAAAGCAGACAAGAAGGCCAUUAUAUACCCAGAAGCCAGUUCUUCUUGCCUGGAAUGCCCCAACACAGGAGUGUGAACCACGACAUAGAGUAACCUUAUCUUUGAGCCAGUUUGACAUUGUAGCGACCCCCAAUGAGGGCUUUGUGGGGCAAAACCUUACAAUCUUCUAUAAGGAACGUCUUGGGUUGUAUCCCUAUUAUAAGCAUGAUGGCAGUGCGAUGAAUGGAGGCCUUCCACAGCUUGUCAGCCUCACCGAGCACUCAAAAAAGAUGCCUGAAGGCCUUAAAAAAUACAUAAAAGUGCCAGGGGCAAAAGGUUUGGCUGUUAUUGACUGGGAGGAGUGGCGCCCUAUAUGGGUCAGAAAUUGGGAUGCUAAACUUAUCUAUCGAAAUAAAUCCUGUGCAAUGAUAGCCAAAAAGAACCCUACUUGGACCUCAAAACAAGUGGAGAAAGUUGCAGAACAAGAAUUUGAGCUAUCGGCUCAAAGAUUCAUGCAGGAGACUUUGAAACUGGCCAAGAAUAUGAGGCCCAAUCAGCUGUGGGGCUUCUACCUGUUUCCAGAUUGUUACAACCAUGACUACAUCAAGAAUGGUCUGCAAAACUACACAGGCCAUUGUCCUUCUGUGGAGAUGGACCGCAAUAAUCAUCUCAACUGGUUGUGGAUGGAAUGUACAGCACUUUUCCCAUCAGUAUACAUGGAACCUGUGCUACGCUCAACAAGCCAAGGGCGCCUUUUUGUCCGGAACAGGGUGAAGGAGGCAAUGCGCCUGGCAUCUGUUGGGGAUGGAUUAGCACGUCCUGUUUAUGUUUACACCCGACCUACCUAUAUCAGUCAAACGACUCUCCUAACUGAGACAGAUUUGGUCUCCACAAUUGGUGAGAGUGUUGCACUUGGAGCUGCAGGUGUAAUCUUCUGGGGCGACACCUCUCAUGCAAGCAGCAGUGCCAACUGCUCAACCCUAAAUGAUUAUCUUAAGGGACCGCUGGGUCGGUACCUGCUCAAUGUGUCCACAGCAGCAGAGCACUGCAGUCGUGUGCUAUGUAAUUUCAGCGGCCGCUGUCUUCGCAGAAUAUCGGACAGCGAUAUAUAUCUGCAUCUCAGCCCUUCAACACACAAGAUAACUAGUCAGAGUGGCCAGCUCAAGGUUACAGGAACGCUCAGCCAAACUGAGAAGACUUUUUUCCACAAGCACUUCCAGUGCCAGUGCUACAGUGGGUACAGGGGUGAUGAGUGUACUUUGAAAGAAAAAGAGCCCAAUAGAGCCUCCUCUGUAUUAGGGAUUUGGCCUCUUUGCCUUUUACUUCCGCUCGGACUCCUUACUCUUCUGCAUUGAGAAAACAGAGACUAACUAUUUACUGUUUCAGCGAGCCUAGAAGUGGACAGUUUAGACUUUUAUGCAUAAAUACGGAAAUUAUAUUGAUGCAUUGACAGUACCAAGUAAUCUGAGACCUCCCCAAGCUGCAGGUUUUUGUCCUGGCAUGCAAACCGAUGGAACAUAAAUAUCUGUGGGUAGCAAGUUGUUGCUGCAACUUGCUACCCACUUGGGUAGCACAACUUUAACAGACACUUUACCCUACCGCCUAUUGGUGUUGGCCAGAGGGGCCGAUGACGCAAUAUGGCAGCCUCGCUUCUGUCAGUCUGCCCCAGGGCAGCUGUAGCUUGCCUCCACCAGUGUGUGAAUGUGAGAGUGAAUGAAUAGUGGAAUUGUAAAGCGCUUUGGGUGCCUAGAAAAGCGCUAUAUAAAUGCAAUCCAUCAUUAUAACAAUGGGCUGAAAUUAAUAUCCUACCACCAAGAUUACCUUGUAGAAAAUCAUGUCUAAAAUCAGUCUUUUCUCAAGGUAAUCACCAGAUAAAUGGAUGUUGAGUAGCUUUACAGGACCUUAGUGUAAAUGUUUUACUGUCUCCAUAGUGAAGAGAAGCCAAAGAUAUCUAUUUUUGAAAGCUUUUUUUAUGAUUGGUGUAACAUCAGAACAACAACACAUGGCUUAAAGUAGAAAAAGUGGAUAAAAGGGAACAGACGCACAUAUAUUUACAGGUUAUUGGUGCCUCACGGCAAAACAGACACUAUAUUAUAAUAGUAUUAUAUAGUAUGAAUAUCGAGCUCUUAAGUGUCUUAUAAAUGAAAUACAAGCCAGUCUUAAAUCUCUUUUGUAAUUUUUUGCUUAUAGAAACAUUAAGGAUGGACCUGCUCGUUUUCAGUUCAAUAUUGUGCCUUAACAGGGCUACAACCGGCUCUCUUUUGCAGUUGCAGGCUUUAUGUCCUUGCUUUAUAUUAAUAUAAACUCCAUCAUGGCUAACAAUUUUAUUAUAACCGAACAGUGCAGAGCAAAUACAUACAUGCUACAAGGUAUCCAUCAACUUAAAUGGAUAUCACUGUGAAAACAGGUCAUAAAACAUUAGGAAAUAUAUCAGACUGGCAAUUUAAACACAACUUGACACUAUAGCUGACUGUAGUCUACACAUUUUCCCAACAAGCCAAAUAGCCCCCAGUUUGAUCCUGGGAAGACAAAACGGAUCCCUUUAGGGUUUCAUCAGGAAGGGCAUCCGGUAUAAAAAAAUCUACCAAGUCAAACGUGGAGCUAACGGCUGUGGCGACCCCUGAAAGCAGGGAGCAGCUAAAAGUUCAAUAUAACUGAUUAUAGCUGAUUUCAGCUUGUGUCUGAUGUACUGGAAUAGGCUAUAUGUUCGCUCCAUUCAUAACCAAAUGUACAGGAUUGUUUUGAAAUUGUUUGCAACUGUCUAACUGAAUAUUAGCCGACUGAAAAAAAAUGUUGUGUCAAGGAUCUUGCCGGUGAUACUGUGUGAACAGCAAUUACUGUAAGUACAAAUUCAGAAUUGUUUGUUCCCAAUAUAGCUGAGCAGUUGCAUGUUUUAUACAGUAGGUACUAGGUUCAGUAGCUAAAAUGAGUUAUGAAAGAAGGCAGCAGGUGGUUUUUCACAAACACGGUAGUCUCAGAAUUGCACAGCUAGUGUUGUUGGAUUGUGAUGUUAUAUGUACUUAUAUUGCAUAGGUCUUCAAGUUCUGCACUUUACUUUCAUGCAGAGUUGGACUGGGUGUCAUUACAUGUCGUGAGGGACGAAACUGAGUGAAUACUGUCGGUGCAUGACAGUGCUAUAGUGGCUUUUCACGUGUAAUGUGUCACAUUGGAAAUACUCUGUUUCACUGUGAAUCUUGCUGAAAAUCAAAGGGUUGCCUCGAUGGUUGUUAUGUCUCUCUCCAUCAGCUUUCAUCUUAUUUUUUUAAGAAGUAUCCAAAAUUUUUUAAGUCUUUUUUUUAAAUAAUAAACAUGAUAUUCUUUUACAGCAAAUGUUUCUCAACAUAUUAUUUCAAAUAGUAUGCAAAAAGCACAAAAAUAAAGAUCUUGCACAGUAAAACUUGAUUAGAACGAGAACAAGAAGAACGUUUUCAACUAUUUAAAGCAGAUUUUGUGAUUCUGUGAUCAGUAAUUAUGUUCAAUAUUAAGAUAUAAAUAAUGUAACUGAAAUGUACUGGUUAUUGUUUCAAAGCAAAUUAACAAAAUCAAAGUGUUCUGUAUUUAAAACAUUUCAUAUUCGUCUUUUGCA